AAAAGCAUAGAGUUCGGGAGACUCACUCCGAGUCCCCAAUCUCAAUCCUCUGCUUAAAAAAAAUUUACGUUACUUAAAAUAAAACGAACCUGUUUUCACUCGACUAGCGUUGGCUGCUGUCGUUGAGCAGAUUCCCACAAAAAAAAAAAAAAAAAAAAAACCUCCUUCUCAGCCGAAAUCCACAUUGAAUUUCAUUUUCCAAAUCGGGUAAUGAAUAGAGCAGAUAGAAACCUUUCAACUCAAAAGCAAUCUAAUUUCAAUGAAAAUCAUCCUCUCAUCCAAUCCCUGGACAAGGAUAAUGUUGUGGUUAUUAUUUGAACUUGUUCAUGUGCUUUCCCACUAAUUAAUUUAGAACUUGAAGAAGAAUAGAAAUAAUUCAGCAACAAUAGUUGGCAGUAUGUUGACAUCUAGAUUGUCAUUUUUUGGUAUUGGGGGUUCGAACAAGGUUAAUAAUUUGUCGGAUGGUAUAAAAAGUGAACUUGCACCAACAAUCAAACUACAAACAAAUAAAGAUGUAUAUAGACCUGGUGAUUCCAUUUUUGUUACUAUUGAGAUAUCGAAUCCCAAUAAUGGCGCCUUAGAAAGCACUCUAUGUUCAUUAUUAAUUGAAAAGCUUGGGUUUGAGAUUAAAGGUAUCGAGAAGUUGGAUCCUCAGUGGUUUGCUACUCAGAAGCCAUUGCCUGGAUCUAGACAGCGGAUAGGCGAACAUGUUUUUAUGGACUGCUCGACAUCAUCAAUGGUUUCUAAUCAGAUUUUGUCCUCUGGUGCCACAAAAACAUAUGUUGUGCGAGCUGUGCUGCCUAGCAUUAUUCCACCAUCUUAUCGUGGUGCUACAAUUCGGUAUCUUUACUAUGUUAAGGGUGCAUUAUCUGGACGAUGGCUGAUAUUGCAAAAUGGCCACUCUCACACAGAGUCAUCAAAAGAUCUCAUUGAACUGGAAAUUAGUGUUCCAUUGCAAAUAUGGGCGACUCAGAAGAGCAACGGCCUGCUAAUGGAAGAAGGUCGGAGUGAUGGAACUGUUCCUGCCACAACCCUCCAACUGGAUGUCUACUGGAAAGCAAUGGAUGGAGAUACUGAAUGGGUUAGAGCAAAUGAUAUAGACAAUGGAGUUGACGAAGAUUAUGACAGUUCCAGAGAUGAAAUCUCAUCUGUUUCCUCCUACAAUCCUACCAGAGAAAGCUUACACAAGACCUUUGGAAGUUCUUUGUCCUUGCAAUCAUUUGCAGCGAGGUCUUCAAAUAAGGAUGCUUCACAUAUUGAUGCAGUACGUACAAGUUUAUCUACUCUGGCACCUCCUCGGCUAUCUGUGGCUGAGGUUUUAUAUGGUUCUGGUGCAGAUAUUUCAUCACCUGAUAAGUCAGCAUCCAUUGUCUCUUCAAACCAGCAGCAGAAGAUUGUGAAACCCCAAUCUGCAGAUGGUAUUAUAGGGGAAUCCUCUCUGCCUGGUGCAGGAACCAGUGAACCAGCAACAUCAGAAGGCUUUGUUCGAGGAAAGUCUUAUAACAUCAGGAUGGAUGAUCAAGUUCUACUGAGAUUUUCCCCAAAGAAUUCUGACUCCACUUAUUACUUCAGUGACAUGAUUGGUGGAACUCUUACUUUUUUUCAUGGACAAGGAUCAAGGAGAUGCCUUGAGGUCUCCAUAACACUGGAAACUUCAGAGACCAUAAAUAGGCGUUUUGUUCAUCCUUCUCGCAGGAAUUCCCCAACAAUCACAAAGGUUCAGAGUGAUCAUCAUGAGGUUGUUGCAGAUUUGGUGCAGACCAGCUUUCUUUUUUCUUUACCCAUGGAUGGGCCCAUGUCCUUUUCUACUCCACAUGUCUCUGUUCAAUGGGUUCUACGAUUCGAAUUUUUUACCACUCCUAAGAAUGUGGACUGGACAAGAUAUGAGCAUCCUCUUCUGGUAGAGGGUAGAGACAAGAGUGAGUGGGUUCUCCCUAUAACCGUGCAUGCACCUCCACCUGGUACUCUAGGAGCCCAUACCAAAGAUGAGAAGCAUUUCUCUUUGGAACCUGUGUGGUUUCGUACUUGAAGGUUUGGGAACUGUUCAGAAAGUAGACCAAGUGGAAUCGAAUGGAAUUUUAUAGCUUAUGACGAGGAGCCAAGAGGAGUUGGCUUUACUUCAGUGCCAUGCAAGGGUACCUCUUGCCUUUAAGCAAAAGUCAUGUAAAGAAGAAUGUGCAAAUGCAGAGCAAAAAAGGGGCCGUCUCCACAUAUGGGGUCUUAACGUUGCAACAUGUGAAGACCCAAAUUUCAUUUUGUCGCCUAAUAUUGAAUUAUUUUUUGGGAGUAAAUCAGCCAAGCACACAUGGAUUUUGAGCGCUUGAGCUAUGCAAUGUGACUGGUAAGAUAUGGAGCGGAAAUUGUAAUCAUUAAAUUGAUAAUGGCUGCUGAAUGAACAUUCAUAAUGUUUGUGCUAGAAUUAUUUCUAAAGAACCAUAGAUAACUUCUAUUGGAGUACAAGUUACAGUCA